AUUUAUGUUUAUUAUACUUAUUUUUUUAUAUAGACAAAAUAUGUUCUCGUCAUUUCGACCAAUUCCCUCGCUCUUCUUCUUUCACGUAGAGGUCCCACCCAAUACCUCCAUUAGAGCUCACAGCUUUUUUGACGCGCAUUUGCAUCUUCUGAUCACAAACCCUCAGAUAGAUAGAUAGAUAGAUAGAUAGAUAGAUAGAUAGAGAUAUUAAAAAAACGUUUUUUUUAAGAAAAAAAAGUAGAAAGAGGAGAAAUGGCAGUGCGAGCUGGGGUUUUGAAGGCAGCUCUUGGUUUAAUGGCGAUUUUCUUGGCCGCGUAUAUAGUGGGCCCCCCUCUGUAUUGGCACUUAAUGGAAGGGUUGGCUUCUGCCUCGACAUCUUGCCCGCCCUGCAACUGCGACUGUGAUUCGGUGCCCCUUCUCUCCAUUCCCCAAGGACUGAAUAAUUCUUCAUUUGCGGAUUGCGCGAAGCACGAUCCAGAUAUGAAUGAGAACACCCAGAAGAACUUUGUAAACCUAUUGUCCGAUGAACUAAAGCUUCGAGAAGCUGAGGCUUUGGAUCAUCAGCAGCGUGCUGACAAGGCACUGCUUGAGGCUAAAAAGAUGACUUCCCAAUAUCAGAAAGAAGCCGACAAGUGUAAUUCCGGAAUGGAAACGUGUGAGGAGGCAAGAGAAAAAUCAGAAGCUGCUUUAUUAGCACAAAAACAGUUAACGGCUUUGUGGGAGUCGAGGGCACGCCAGCGAGGCUGGAAAGAAGAAAAUGCGAGGGCGUCAUCCUAGUCACCUUAUUAACACACGUGCAUUUUGUUAGAAAUUUUACCAAAACUUCAUAUAAUAUAGUUCCUUCUGAUUGAAAGGGAAUUACAAGUUAUCAGUAUCUGGUGUUUUUUAGCUGAAAGUGAGCAUCAGAUCUACAUCUUGAACAAGAUUGUGCAUUUUUUUUUUUAUUUUUUUAUUU